AUGACUGCGAAGCGAGUUCCGUCGAAAAUUGUGAUUGCUGGAAACUCGAAGAUGUCGCUUAAUGACAGAUUCUCAUCGAUACCAAAACCACGCCCACGUGGUGCGCUUCUGAAGGCUCAGCACAAAGGUCCAGUCAAAGUUCGCAAUCCAUAUUCAUCGAAUCAGCAGGUUGUCUACGUGGAUUCUCAGCAAAACGCGUUCCAGCCACAUCCAGUCGUUCGUCGUCCCCGACCAUCGUUCCAGCACCAACGGGCGGUUCCGUUUCAAAGCCGUGUCAGUUUUGUGAGCACUGUCCCGGUGCAGCGAUUCCAUCAUCAACGCAACAACUUCGUUCAGAAGGGUCAACAAUUCUCCGGUGGCUUCAAGAAACCGUAUAGACAAAACUUCAACCAGCAGAAUCAGCACCGUCCGAAAUUCUUCCAGGCGCGCUUCAACCAGAACCCCCGAUUCCAGAAUCAACAGCAACGCGCAACGUUCCCCAAAAAGAAGUCGUUGGCAGAGUUGGAUCGAGAGCUCGACGACUACAUGAGAAAACCAAAGCACACGCCGAUCACGAUCUAA